AUGACAGAGCCGAGUGCCUCUUACACCGCUGACUGCUCCUGUUGCAUGAAAACAGGUGUGUUUGUGUUGGUGUUGAAGGAGACGUGUCUUAUCAGUUUUCUUCUUUUUGAUCCUCUCUCUCCUUCGUCUUUCCAGAAGGAGUUUGUACCUCCUCCUCCUCUCCUCUUCAGGAAGAUGAGUAACCCCGACCUUUCCCCCGCAGCCACCGCUGCCACCAAAUCCAAACUGCACCGCCAGCUGAGCCAGGACGAGAGCUGGGGCCGACGCAGCAGCCUGGCCAUGACCGGUAAGCAGCUGCUGCCUCUGUCCAGCAGUCUGCACGCCGGGGUCAGUCAGAUGGCCUGGCUGGGGCCCUCAGGAGCAUUUAUAGGGCACGGGGCCACCGGGGGUCCGUCUGCAGGAGAUGGGAACAACCUGGUCCGCAUGAGGAGCCAAAGCCUGGGACAGUCUGCUCCGUCACUCACCGGACUGAAGGAGCUGAGCCUUCCCAGAAGAGGCAGUUUCUGUCGGACGAGCAACAGGAAGAGCCUUAUUGUGACAUCCAGCACCUCGCCGACGCUGCCACGACCACACUCCCCUCUGCAUGGACACACAGGCUACUCUCAUCCCCGAGGUGACGUCACCUAUUGUGGAGCACACCCAGGAGCACUCAUCACUUUCUCCAAGCAGGCAGUCUCUGGACAGCUCUAUCAGCUGAUGGUGGAUGAAGCUCAGGACCCCGUCGGCCAGCGGGCAGACCUUAUCGGGGGUCGAGGAGAAGAGCAGCUCAGCCAGACGCUCCUCCAUUUGAGCCGUCGCCUGAGGGGAGGGGGGCGGGCAAUUAAAGGGGGGGACAAGGAUGAGUCACAAUUAAUCUUGACCCCCGACCCCGGUGCAUGUCUCUGGAACUCAAGUAUGCGCCUCUUGUGUGUCUCUGUAGAAAUGGCCCAGCUGAGCAGCUAUGACAGCGGGAACCCAGAAACCCCAGAGACUGAUGAGUCAGUGGAUGGUCAAAGCACCACCGUCCCGCCAGCUCCUCCUAAGACCAAACCCCCCCGAGAGGAAGACUUUGAAAACAUCAAGCUCAUCAGCAAUGGAGCCUACGGCACUGUGUUUCUGGUGCGUCACAAGGAGACCCGGCAGCGUUUCGCCAUGAAGAAGAUCAACAAGCAGAACCUGAUCCUGAGGAACCAGAUCCAACAGGCCUUCGUGGAGCGAGACAUCCUGACGUUUGCUGAGAACCCCUUUGUGGUGUCCAUGUUCUGCUCCUUCGAGACCAGAAGACACCUCUGCAUGGUGAUGGAGUACGUGGAGGGUGGAGACUGCGCCACGCUGCUGAAGAGUAUCGGAGCCCUGCCGGUGGACAUGGCUCGGAUGUACUUUGCAGAGACCGUCCUCGCAUUAGAGUAUCUUCACAACUAUGGCAUCGUACACAGAGACCUCAAACCUGACAAUCUUCUCAUCACGUCCAUGGGACACAUUAAGCUGACAGACUUCGGUCUCUCAAAGAUCGGUUUGAUGAGUUUGACUACAAACAUGUAUGAAGGGCACAUAGAGAAAGACACCAGAGAGUUCCUUGAUAAACAGGUGUGUGGCACUCCAGAGUACAUCGCCCCAGAGGUGAUUCUGCGUCAGGGCUACGGCAAGCCGGUGGACUGGUGGGCCAUGGGAGUCAUCCUGUAUGAGUUCCUGGUGGGCUGCGCUCCCUUCUUUGGAGACACACCAGAGGAGCUGUUUGGCCAGGUCAUCAGUGACGAGAUCAUCUGGCCGGAGGACGACGAAGCUCUACCUUUCGAGGCUCAGGACCUCAUCUGCAAACUGCUGAGACAAAACCCUUUGGAGAGACUGGGCACAGGAAGUGCCUUUGAGGUGAAGCAGCACCAGUUCUUCACAGAGCUGGACUGGAACAGCCUGCUGAGGCAAAAGGCAGAGUUCAUCCCCCAGCUGGAGUCUGAGGACGACACCAGCUACUUUGACACUCGCUCUGACCGGUACCACCAUGUAGAUUCAGAGGAUGAAGACGACACCAAUGAUGAAGAACCCGUGGAGAUUCGACAGUUCUCCUCCUGCUCUCCUCGUUUCAGCAAGGUGUACAGCAGCAUGGAGCGUCUGUCCCUGCACGAGGAGAGGAGGACCCCCCCGCCCACCAAACGCAGCCUCAGUGAGGAGGGAGGAGACCGUAUGGACAGCCUGAGCGGACUCAAGUCCAGAGAUCGAUCCUGGCUGGUGGGAUCUCCAGAGAUCCUGCGGAAGCGUCUCUCUGUCUCGGAGUCGUCCCACACAGAAAGCGACUCCAGCCCCCCGCUAACCGUCCGGAGACGCUGCUGCUCCGCCAUCAUCGAGAUGCCUCGCUUCGCCAUCUCCUCAGAGGAAGAGGGAGGUCAAGCUGGAAACCGCAAGAGCCCCAGCCUGUUGGGUCUGAGUUCUUUGAGGGGCCCCCGGAGCGAGGAGCUGCCCCUCGCCAUCCCAGAGCUCCCAGUGGAGCGAGAGCUGAAACUGGAAGAGUCUCCUACCUCCGCCUCCAGUCAGCUCAGCAAGGCCACGCUCACACCGGGUAGUUCAGGCGACGUGUUUGAUCGUGGUCACAGACGUACCGUCAGUAACGGCGGACCCACUAAAGCUGCGACAGACAGCGACUCUCCGUCCACUCCCAGAGCCAUCAGCGACCUGGCGGCGCGCAGGGCUCGCCACCGGCUGCUGUCGGGGGACACGCCCACAUCCAGCUCCAGACCGCUCAACAAGGUCAUCAAGUCAGCCUCUGCCACCACGCUGUCACUGAUGAUCCCUGCAGACCACCACGGAGCCUCUCCAUUGGCCAGCCCAAUGUCGCCCCACUCGCUGUCAUCCAACCCCUCGUCACGUGAUUCUUCCCCGAGCCGGGACCUGUCCCCGGCCGUGAUCAACCCCAAGCCGGCCAUCGUGAUCCAAAAAGUGGGCAAGAAGUACGGCUUCACCCUGAGGGCCAUCCGGGUGUACAUGGGAGACUCCGACAUCUACACCGUACACCACAUGGUCUGGCAUGUGGAGGAGGGGGGUCCGGCCCACGAGGCAGGGCUGAGGGAGGGAGACCUCAUCACCCAGGUCAACGGAGAGGCGGUUCACGGUCUGGUUCACACAGAGGUGGUGGAGCUCAUACUGAAGAGCGGUCCUAAAGUGUCCAUUGCUGCCACCCCGUUUGAGAACACUUCCAUAAAGGUCGGCCCUGCUCGGAAGACGGGUCAAAGGUCCAAGAUGGCGAGACGUAACAAGAAGACAAAGACCAAGGAGGGACAGGACAGUGCCAGCAAGAAGAGGACGUCUCUGUUCAGGAAGAUCACCAAGCAGGCGUCUCUGCUGCACACCAGCCGCAGUCUGUCCUCUCUGAACCGCUCCCUGUCCUCAGGGGAGAGCGGCCCCGGCUCGCCCACACACAACCUGUCCCCACGGAGCCCCACACAGGGCUACAGGUCCACGCCAGACUCCGCCCACUCAGUUGGGGGGAACUCCUCUCAGAGCAGCUCCCCCAGCUCCAGCGUCCCUAACUCCCCAGCGAGCUCCGGCCACAUCAGGCCCAGCUCUCUGCACGGCCUCGCCCCCAAACUCCAGCGGCAGUACCGCUCCCCCCGACGCAAGUCCGCCGGCAACAUCCCUCUCUCCCCUCUGGCCCGCACUCCCUCACCCACCCCUCAGAGCAGCUCGCCCCAGCGCUCCCCCUCCCCUCUGCCCUGCCACGCUCUGGCCCAGUCUGCGGUGGGUCAGUCGUUCCCCGUGAAGCUCCACUCCUCCCCUCCCCUGGUGAGGCAGAUAUCCAGGCCUAAGAGCGCAGAGCCUCCACGCUCUCCGCUCCUCAAGAGGGUGCAGUCAGCUGAGAAGCUCGCCUCCUCCCUCGCUAACUCCCCCUCAUCUCCCUCUGGCGUGACAGCGGGGGGAGCGUCUGUAACAAGCCGGAAACACAGUCUGGACAUCUCACACUCAGAGUUUAAGAAAGAGAUUCUGCAGAGGGAACCCAGCCUAACGAGCCUACAGGAGUCAGCCAGCGAGGGUCUGCUGUCCUCUGCCGGACGCGGCGUGGAGAAGGGCAGCCUGCAGAAACACUCCUCCUCAUCCAGGAAGUUAGGGCGCCAAGAAGGGGACAGUUCCCUCAGCUCGGUGUCCGGCUCGCUGGGCCUGGCUCCCGGAAAGAGCAAGCUGAAGGACAAACUGUCCGCCAUCCGGCAGGACAGAGCCGAGAGGAGAGAAUCACUACAGAAGCAAGACGCCAUCCAUGAGGUCGACUCCUCAGAGGACGAGACGGACGAAGGCUCUGAGGACAGCCAGGACGGACGCAGGGGAACGACCUUUACCCCCCCUCCCCUGCUGAGGCCCACCACUGUGAGGAGCGGGCCUGGAGGCACCCUGCCGUCCCUCUGCCUCUCACCCUGCACCCCUCAUGCCACAUUCUCCCACACGGGGCCCUCACAGGUAGGCAGGCCGACUCCUUUGCACACACUACCCUCCGUUUCAGAGACGAAGCCUGGACAGUUCGCCUCCCCUCUGGGAAUAAAGGACCCCAGGUCUGUCUCAUCUGCAGAAGACAGCGUGAGACAAGAGAGGAAGGUUUUUGAGCCAAGUGCAAAACCCAUUCAGGGCCCCCUUCCCUUCUCCACCCCAGGCAGUGCAUUCAUCUCAGUCAACAAGGACACUUUCCUCAAGCCUGCUCCUCCAUCGGACCUAAAGACUCCUAUGGUGAAGGCUGCACCCUCUGAUCCCAAAUCAGGGGAGCAAACCCUGGUCAGCACCAGGACCGCAGUCCCCUCUACCACAACAAAUACUACCAACUCCCGAAGCACCACAGACUCCAGAGACUCCAGAGACUCCAGACCCACCACCAUCAGUACAACAGACAGUUUAACCGCCGACAGCCAAGAGACCCGCCCCUCCUGCUCCUCUCCUGGUAUCCCCAAAGAAAAGAAGGAGGCUGACAACCGGAGACUUUGUGCUGCGGCUGCUGCAAGUCUGAGUGUGUCACCCUCGUCCACUUCUGGCUCCAGCUCCUCCGCCAACUCCCCAGUCCCGCCCCCUGAGAGUACCAUGGACAAAGUUGUGUCCCAGCUGGCGACAGUAGCUAAGAGUGUUCUAGGUCCUGUCAAACUGAACGCCACUGCUGACAAGAGCCAGAAAGACCAGAUACCAUCCAGAGGUGGCACCCCAGAAGUCCCACCGUCUAGCCCCUUCUCAUUUCCAUCCAAAGGGCUACCAACCCCUCAGUCUCCCAUCCUUUCAGGGUCCCAAUCCAGACAAAAGACUGAGCCAGCUGCCCCCUUGACCACCUCGCAGACCAAACCUUUAACCCAGAAAGACUUUGCAGCCCUGCCGUCUUUGUCAUGCAAGGAAGUCCCAGAAAGGCCCGCAUCAGGGUCUGAGACCGCUGCUAUGUGUCCAUCUGCACAGAGGCUGGGCGCAGCAGCCGCUCUGCCUUUCCCAAACGCAGCAUCCUCUGCAGCAGCUGAGCCACAGCAGAAGAGGUCCGAGCCCCAGACGGCCUCUGUCAACGCCACCAACGCCGUGUCCGCCUCCUCACAACAAGACAAAGCAAUCUGCAAGAAGACGUAGCAGCAGGAACCAAAAUAGCAGAUCACACAGCUCAGUGCUGGUUCGAGGUUUUAGAACUCACACAAUCUGCAUGUUUUGGAAGAAAAACAUAUUGGUAACUUGUCAUUAAUCUGAGAGGUUCACUUUCAAAAUAAAAGAAAGGCGUAGAGAGGGUUGAGGAGCGGAGACAGAUGCAGCAGUCCUAGUUUCAUUCCAGUGCUCUCGGUGUUCAUGUGAGUUAUUUUGGUGUCCUGUCCUCUUUGGUUUCUGCUUUCAGACUGAAUGGCAAUAUGAGUUGGCAGGUUUUUUUUCUCUUUCUGCAAACAUGUACGGGGCUAGAAAUAAAAAGCUCAGUGGUCCAUGCACAUACAAUUUAAAACGUUGACACAUCACACACACCUUCCUUGCUCUCGAUCUCCUUGUGCUGCCUCAUUACUUUUCACCUUGAUGUUUGGCAGAGUCUUCACGCAUGUUCUACAUACAGAUCAGGACGUGCCUUACUGAACACACACUUGUUCCCCUCUUCCCUUCCCUUGAAAAAGAUUGUAUCUCAGCAAUAAAGUGCAGCGUAUGUUUAGCAAUCUGUGCAAAUGCAUUACAUUGUUUUUAAUAGUACUUAAUCUGCACCGUCAAUGUGCACUCAGCACCCAGAUAACUAGGCCAAAUCAAACUCCACUCUAGAUGUAGUCCCUCAGGCUCAGCACUGCAGGCCUGCGGCAGGGAGGUAUAUCCCCUGAGCACGGGCUCCAGGCGUGGUUAUAGGAUUGGAUUCUUGGGAAUGUCAGCCUAUUCCUAAACUGUACCACUCUCCUCACUCAUCACCCAGCUUUAUGUUUAAAGUCUGGAUUGAUUUAAGUUUUCCUAGAUUUUUCAGUUCUUUUUCCAAGUUCUAGCCAUUCAUCCCUAAGAGCUAGAAUAGAUUGCAUUCCUUCCAAGUUGAAAGCCUCCACUGCCUAGAAAUGAUAAACAUUGUUCCUUUAGUUAAACAUGUGACUACUAGCUAAAAUGCUAUAGCGUUGUGAUUCAAAUAUUACAUCUGGUUCCAUGUUGGAAAACACCCAGACAUGACAUGAGCUCUGACAUUGACGAAACUCUCUUUAGGGUUUACUCCUAGCUAGCUAGAGUAGCUAACCAUCACUUUCAUGUGUUGCUAGUGCCAGAUAAAAAAGCAUUCUAGCUCUAGUUAAUGAUUUUAGAUUUACUAAAAGAUUAGCGCUUUGAUAAACUAUUAGAAAACCCUCAUAUUUGACAAGCUAAUUACUGGAAUAAAUAUCCUUUUUAAAACCCAAGCCUAGCAUAUUAGCAUUAGCACACUUGCCCUCCCUUUAGUUCUUCUAUACUGUAUAUACCACGUUAGCAGGCUUAUCAAAUGUGUUUUAACUCUGCACUUCAGAUUUAGAUUGCCCCUUUACACGUGUUUUAGUUCCAAACACACGCAUAGAAAGGAAGCCAAGGACUUGAACACUGAUUUAUUGGUUUUAUCGACACUCAGCUGAAGAACCGAAACUGAGCUUGCUUAAAUUGACUGAGGUUAUUUUAGAAAACAUGUUUCGGUUGGACCACCGCCUUUUUAUUUCUCGCCCCAUCAGCCUCUGAAGGCUGCGGUAGUUUUAUUUGGUAUCUGGACCAACUUGCUGUGUUUUUUGCCUAUAAUCCUGUAAAGUCAUCAGACUUGACUUUGUAUAUGUGUGUGAGAGGGAGAGAGCUUUGUUAAUUUGUGCAUGGUAAUCUGUGUGUGUAUGUUUAUAUAUACAGAUACACAUGUGUAUAAGAAUAUUUAAAGUUCUGUUUGCAUCUGUUUUAUACCCUGAGUGUGUGUCUGCGUGCGUGUGUCUUAGGAUCACACCCUGCUACCUGUGUUUGUGGCCGCUCGAGCCCUCUACGUGUCGGGCGUCAGGCUUUGCACAAAACUUUUAUCUCAUUUGUCAAACGAAAGGCAAGGAAUCACUAAAAGGAAAGCCGAAGGAGAUUUUUGUCCGCUCACUGCUGUGUGUUGGGUUGGAGCUCAGUACUGCUAUCGCUAAAACUAAAGUGCAGUAAGCCUGUUAAAAACAAUUUCUCAUGUUUGUUAUUUCUCGGAUAUAUUAUCUUUCAUUUAGUCCGUUGUGAUCCCGCUCCUGAUUCCUACUGUUCCUUUGAAGGCAAGAUGUUUUAUUUCUUUUUGGUUUAUUUGACAGUUUUAAAGAAUUCCCAUUUCAUUGAAUGCACACCGAGCCCAACCCCUGGUGUGAGUCCACUUGUGUUGUACAUUUGAACGUUUUCUGAAAAGCAGGAUGUUCCUGUGAGUUAAAGAUGAACUGAACCUCCCUCAGUGUGUUGUGUCACUGUCGGGAGAGAAAGCCGAGCUCACCGGUUUCAGUUUAACUAGACUAGAGCUUUCAGGCUCGCUUUGAAAGACUCUGUUAGAGUCUGACUGUGGCAAUCUCUGUAAUAUGUUUACAUGUUCUUGUUUUUGUAUCUCAAUGUGUUUUUUUUGUGUCAAUGGAACUUGUUGCCUGUAGCAAUCAAUCUCCUCUGACAGGCUAGGAUAAUUACCAAUGACGUGUUUAGGUGACUCCUGACCUGUGAAUAUGUGGUGUGAGUAUUUAGCUGUGUGAUGAAGAGGUCACCUGUGAUGGAGGGUGUGUAGAAAGGAGAGGAUUCAGCGCACACAUGUCAAAAUCAUCUCCGCUCUCGUGCAUGUCGCCCCUCUUGUCUCAUGGCGGCGCAGAAUGGAUUUAACAGGUGCGUCUGUAGAGAUGAUCAGCAUUUAGGCUCAUGGGAGAGGAAGCAAACUGUUUGACUUGGUAACAUCUCAAGAUGUAUCUGCAGUUCACUCCGGCCCAUAAGACGAGACGUUGAGACUAAUCAUUUUAAAAACUAUUUCUGUCCGUUUGGGGCGUCAGAUAUGAAAAGUCCUGUUGAUUAACCGACCACAUUGGAUGUUAUUCACACAACACAAGCUUCUUGCCUCUUAGUGUGGUUUCACCAGGACAAUUAGAAGACUAUUUCAGAGACAAAAGAGGACAAAGUGAAACAACAUCUCAACACAUUUGUAGAAUCAGUCAGCAGGUUGUAAUUGAGAGCGAGCACGGACAGAUUAAUAAGCACUGACUGAAGUUUUAGAGCAUGCAAACACAAGUCUUUGUGUAGAUUUGUGCGAGUAACACAUCUGGCUGUAAAUAAUUGGCGGGUUUGGGCAUGUACCUGGUACGAGCUUAUUAAAGAGCAAAGGUCAUUCGGAAUAUGAUACUUUGUGCUUUGUUGCACAAAUUCUAAGACUGGUGGCACCCAACAUCAGGCUUUUAUACUUCUGAAUCUGAAACUAAAACUAGAGCUGCAAUAUUAUCAGCAGAACUUGAUAUGUCCGGGAAUUACAAGUAAAGUCUAUACAGAAAUGCCAAAGAUAUGAUAAAGGUCCUUUUAGAAAGGGUCUCUACACGUUUAGUUUAGUGACCCUUACCAAAAAGAAACAAAUAUUGACCAUUAUAUUUCAAUCAGAUCCAAAAUCAGUGCCUCGAUAAAACCACAAUAACUCAGCUUGUUGCUUCAUGAUUUGUCCCCGUGUGCUCUUGAAUCCUGACCAAUUAAGACAGCCUGAUUAAUUCAAACCUGAAAUUCGACUCUUGAUCAAUCAUUUUGUCCCUCAAUAAUCUUUCAGUAUGAGUUUUUGUCGGUGCUUUAAUCUCCACAGGCUGUCAGAGUUUCAGUUUUACAUUCUGAUGAAACACCGCUGUCCACUUCAUCUGCAGAUAAUUGGAACCUGAGUGUGUUUGUGUGUAAUCACACACACUCCAGUCCUUCUGCUCGCAGCUGGUCGUCCUAUUAGUGCUACACAGACAGCUGUCUCACACACACACACACACACACAGAUCAAUACUUGUGCCAUCUAAUGCACCGGUGCCAGUUUACCAUCUCCUCUAACAGGAUAAACACACACACACACAUACUUACCCCACAAACACACCUUCUCCCGAGUGUAAAGAUGAUGGUCUGGCCAUCUGCUGGAGAGUGAAGCAAGUGUCAGGUUCCCUGGUGGAGUCAUUAAUCUCCAGCCCUGAGCCUGUUGACACACACACACACACACGCUGGCCCACUAAAACACUUCCCAUCAUCCCUCAGGCUCGGCUCGGUUCGGUCCGGUCAGUUCAGCAGUUACACUGUUAGCAGUUUGUUCGGCCUGCAGCCUGUGUGUACCCAUCAUGCACCUCUGCUGCUCUGCGGCUGAGGCCCACAAACCAGACACUGAGCCUCGUAAGUUCAUUUAACGGCCUAGGGGCCAAAUUGAAUCUGUAAUCAGUGUGAAAGUUGGGAAUUGAGAGCAUGCGCCUGGACAUAUCUUGUGGUAUUAUUGACACCAAUUAAUUUCCAUACAUAUUUGUGAAUCCUGUUGAAACAGCUGCAGGAAGCUUUCAAAUUAAAAGAUAGAAGGUGUGUGCAUUCUCUUACAUUUAUUACAGUUUUAAAACAAGAGAUUUUUUUAAGAUGUCCCUGCGUGCUUGCAGAUAUCAAACCAUGAAUUACAGACUGAUGGAAGGAUCCGUUUUGUCACUAAGGAGCUUCCGUAAAUCUCUCAAUCUGAGCGUGUGAAUUAACCAGCUCUGUCUGUGAGGCACAUAGAGGAUUCCAACUAGAGGCUUUGGGUAUGACAAGGUACGAGGUGAAGCUACACACACACACACAUGUUCAGAACCACGAAACAGCAGAUGCAGUGAUGUUUCAGUGUGCCGUCUGUUGAGCUCCUAUCUGCCUCUGAGGGGUCGUGUGUGAGAAACGUUGACAGACUUGACUCUUGUCGAUGAGGGCAGGAUUUCCAAGCUGUGUGUUUUUGUGUUUUGUCUUUAAAGAGUAACGAAGAGGAGAAGGAAGAUUCAUCUGUGCACCGUUAAAGCUUGAGAAGGACAUUAAGAGAGAAAAAAAACAUUGCUAGAGUAAAACCAGUGCAAUAUCUUUUAAUUUUUUAUUGUGGUAAAAGCAUGUUGUUGUCAAUCUUACCUUACAACAAUAAUAAAGGUUUUUUUUAUGUA